GAGGACUGGUGAAGCUCUUCAAAUCCUGUUAGCAGCCUCUUGAGCUUGAUGAGACCUGUCCUUGCAGAACAGUGGCUUCAGAGAGAACAGUAAGGAGGCCAUAACCUGCUGGGGCCUUCAGCACUUCAGCAGAGUUGCACCCAGAGAAAAAGAGAACAUAAGAAUUCAUGGAAUUUUCCCCCAAACCUCCUGACCUUUUCUCACCAGACAUACUUGAAAGGCUUAGGACUGAAGCAUGACUGGAGGAGGGCCCCGUUCAUUGAUUACACAUGAAAAUUGCUGUUGGUUGCAGAGACAUCACAAGGAAAAGGAUUUUUAUUUAUUGAUUUAUAUAUUUUUUUUCUUUGAAGGAAAUGGCAGACAUCUCUAGCUGGGAUGAAAAGUGUCCGUGAGGAUUUCAGAGGGACUGAGGGCUGGGGGCAGCUAGAUCAAGCUGGGUCAGGAGCCUGAGCUUUGCUGCUUUCAUGAUGUUAUAGUCUUUCUGCAAAGGCUGCAGUGUUUUGUAGGAACAGGGCCACGGAGAAAUGGUAUCCAGCUAACUGCCUUGAUAAAGCUGACAGAUACAGACCUUGCUAUUGCAAGCUAUGCUGUAUUCCCCUGGAGUGCACACUGUUGUUCUGCAUGGGAGUGGUGCCUUAUAUCCUCCCAGAAAAGAAGCCAGUAUGCAAUGCAGCAGCGUGACUCUUAGCUGCGGACUCCGUUCUCCACUGAGCCGAUCUGGGAUUUUUGUUUGAAGAAUUCAUUUAACAGCUGCUGACUGCAAUGGAUGCUGUGUGUGGGAAGAGCUGUCCCUCCCAAACUGAAGAAACUGAAAAGUUCAAACGUUCAUGUUGGUGAAAAGAUCUCACUGAAAUGUGAGGCGACUGCUGGGAACCCUCAGCCAUCCUACAAAUGGUUUAAAGAUGGCAAAGAGCUGAAGAAGAGCAAAGACAUCCGGAUCAAAUAUGGGAAUGGGAAAAAGAUUUCCAGACUGCAGUUCAACAAGGUGAAGCUGGAAGAUGCUGGGGAGUACAGCUGUGAAGCGGAGAACGUUUUAGGGAAAGACACCGCAAAAGGCAGCCUGAAUGUGAGAAGUGGAACAACGAAAGCACCACAAGUUUUACCAGCCUCAGAAACUAAAAUAGUUGUUAUGGAAGAAGAGUAUGUCCAAAUGGAUUCUUCGGACAGAGAUGUUUGGAGAAACUGCCUUUGCGAUUGUACAUGCCAGAUCCUAAGCAAAGUGUCCGAUCGAAUUCACAGGAGACCGGUGUCAGCAUUUCGCAAUGGUCAGCUUCUCCAGUCAGUUCUACGACAGUAUGACAGCUGGCUUUGUCACGUUGGUAAAAACAGAAAAUCCACCAGAAGAAACAAGGAAGGAGAGAUGUCAGAGAAAAGAAUUGCACAUUCACUGAGAUUAAAAAAGGUGAAAGAAGCAGAAGAGCUCUAUCAGAAGAGAGUUUUAACCAUCACGGGAAUCUGUGUUGCCUUGCUUGUUGUGGGCAUCGUCUGUGUGGUAGCUUACUGUAAAACCAAGAAACAAAGAAAACAGAUGCAUAAUCAUUUACGACAGAAUAUGUGCCCUGCCCAUCAGAACAGGAGCCUCGCGAAUGGGCCAAGCCAUCCACGUUUGGAUCCUGAGGAAAUCCAAAUGGCUGAUUAUAUUUCUAAGAAUGUUUCUGCCACCGAACACGUGAUCCGUAGGGAAACAGAGACAACUUUUUCGGGAAGUCACUCCUGCUCCCCAUCACAUCACUGCUCCACAGCCACUCCAACGUCCAGCCAGAGACAUGAAAGCCACACCUGGAGCCUGGAGCGGACGGAGAGCCUGACUUCAGAUUCCCAGUCUGGGAUAAUGCUGUCUUCGGUGGGAACCAGUAAAUGCAACAGCCCUGCAUGUGUGGAGGCGCGGGCCCGCCGCGGGGCUGCCUUCUGCAUUGAGGACUCGCGGCGGCCCAUGAUGCAGUAUCGCGACUCGGUGGAUUCGCUGCGGGACUCACCGCACAGCGAGAGGUACGUGUCAGCCCUGACCACACCAGCACGCCUGUCGCCUGUCGAUUUCCACUACUCGAUGGCCACGCAGGUGCCCACCUUUGAGAUCACCUCCCCCAACUCCGCACACGCUGUCUCCCUGCCCCCGGCAGCCCCCAUCAGCUUCCGCGUGGAGGAACAGCAGCCCCUCCUGCGGCGGUACCAGCUUCCCUUCCAGGACACGCAGAGGUACGACAGCUACUACCAAAGGAAGACCUACCUAAAUGACAGCAUGGGGAGCCUGCCCUCCAGCCCCUUCCGCAUCACGGAGGACGACGAGUAUGAGACGACACAGGAGUAUGUCACAGCACUAGAACAGCCAAAGAAAACAGCCAGCAGCAACAAGCGUUGGAAAAAGUCCAAACUGAACGGGCACGUACCCCACAGAGCCAGAGCGGUCCGGGACUCCUUCUCCUUGAGCAGCGCCUCUUACAGUGAGUCUGACGAGGAGCUGGUGGCUGAGAGCACCCCCUUCCUAAGCACUCAGAACAAUGAGACGAUGAACACAGAGUCGCCUCCGCUCCACCGGCCAGGUGACAGCCGGACUUACCAUUCCUACAGCAGGCACAGCGCUCACGGGGAGAGUGGGCGCAGCAGCCUGGCACACACAACGCCCAAACAAGACCCCGAUCCUCUCUAGGCGCCUCGCAGACAUACCCGCAUGGAGGAGGCGGAGGAGGGAGGCAAAACAAAAAUGAGACAAAAAUAAAUAUUUUUAUUUUAUAUAAAAGAGGAAAAAAUAUAACAAAUAAAAUGUUUUAUUUUCAUUUUAGCAAAGUUGUCUUAUAAUAGCUAACAGCAAUGACUUUUUUAUAGGGAAUCUCUAUUUAUAUGUAAUGUCUUGAUUUUCAGCUUCCAAGAAAAAAAAUUAAAAAAUAAAAAAAAAAGGAGAAAUGGAAACAAACAAUAAAGUUAAAAAAAAAAAAAAAAAGGUGGGCCAAUUUUUGACUACUUAAAAAUAGAAAAUAAAACUAUCGUGGUGCCUUUUGCUGUAUGCUAGUGCUGGGAUUCAUGCCGAGGAUUCUGUUUCAGUAGCAUUUUUAAGAUCACAGAUUUUUAUUUGGGAGACAACCUGUCACAAGGGCACUCUUCCAUCAGAAGAAAACAGCCUCACCACUUUGCCCUGUACCUUGCUAUUAAUGAUCUCGUUCUAUCAUUUUAACACACAUCAGGGACAUGAAUGGGAGCAUUUCCAUUAUCAUGUCUAAUGGGGAUCUGUCUUGCCCCAUAAAAUACUUGUAUUUUUGCUUAAAUCAGGAGAAAAAGAAACUGAGCAGCACCAUACUGAAAUGCAGAAAUAAUGUUUCUUUUGCCACACAGGUAGGAAGAGAAAAUGAAAUGCAGCAGCAAUCCUUACAAUAUAGCUCUCAACCUUUGGCCGUUUCACAUGUGAGUCUGAAAUUGGGUUGGCACAGGUUUGUAGUCCAAAAAGACAUUUGUAGGAAUGUGGUGAAAUAAAACCCCGUUACAUAUGGUUGAAUACAGUCACUGAAGCCAGCCCUGGCAGGCUGGUGGCUCCGCACAGUGGUCCUGGCAGGGCAGAGCCGUACCGGACCUGGUGCCAUGCUGGCUGUGGCGUCCCCUUGACCAAGCAUGCAGUGGCCAUGGUGUGGCAUUUGCCAUGGUGCUGUGUGGGCUGCAGUGUCCUGCGCACCAUGCUUGCCACCGAGGACGCCCAGAGGGCGCAGCAUGGCUGCAGCUGCCCCAGGCGCCGUGCCAGACAGCCGCUGGCUGUGCUGCCCUGGUGUCCGAGUGCUCCGACCCCGCGCGUAGCCCCUCGCGUUGGCUGGGAAGCACAGCGGGCACCACACGGGGCAGCCCAACGAGCGGAUUCCUCUGUACCGCCGUGCCCUGUAUUGUAAAGACAGUUGUUACUGUAAUGUCUUGCCAUCGAUGACGGACAUCGCGUUUCCAAACCCGGAGCAGCUCUGGCCAUUGGCUCCGUGGCGCAAAGAGACAGUCCUGCGUUUCCAGGCGGCAGAGCAUCCUGGUGGAAGUGCCCCUCUCUCCUCAGUUCUCUGCAGCAAACCUGUUUACAUUGUAGCCUGACUUUUUUCUUUUUAUAUUUUUACUUCUGCAUGUCCUUUGCAUUUCAGAUACUGUAGAUUGGAUGCAUGGUGAAGCUGUGACUGAGAAGAUAAUACAACAAUUGACAGUGUAUUUCAUUUAACUUUUAGCAAUAAAGUAACUAAACCCUCUAUUCCUCACCCAUGAUGGGGUCAGAUAGAAAACUCUGCUAAUUUGUCAUAAGAUGAUUGUCAAAGUUUGCUCUGGAUUGUCUGAAUGUCAGAACUCUCGACUGUUUAACACUUGAACAUUUUUUAUAUUAUAAAUAAAAUAAGAAAUAACAAA